ACCAAGGUGAAGUACCUGAAGCAGACGUCAGUGAUGCUCCAGAGGGAGUUUAGAGGGGACAUCCCUAACACAGUGGAGGGCCUGGUACGACUACCUGGAGUWGGACCCAAGAUGGCUCACCUGGCCAUGGACAUCGCCUGGCACCAGGUCUCUGGCAUAGGCGUGGACACGCACGUCCACCGUAUCUCCAACCGGCUGGGAUGGACGAGAGGUGGGACCAAGAACCCAGAGGAGACACGCAAGGCCCUGGAAGACUGGUUACCAAGGGAUCUAUGGAGUGAGAUCAACUGGUUGCUGGUGGGGUUUGGUCAACAGGUGUGUCUACCUGUCAAUCCUCUCUGCUCCGUGUGUUUGAACCAGCACAGCUGCCCCUCCGCCCAUCAAGCCUCCCCAGCCAAGAGGCCUAAAGCUGGGUCACCUCGCUCCCCACACUCCUCCAAGACCUCCAGGGUUAAGCUGGAGCUUGGUUUGGGGUUACCACCCCCCUCCUCCGCCACAAUGGUCAAAGAGGAACCUCUGGCUACCGCCCUCUCCCCUCCUCUGCUGCCCAGAAAGAGGAAGUCCAAAGCCAAAACCUUCUCUACAUGAUACGACAGAAGGGGGUAGAAUCCCUAUAGAGAUAUAGGGACCUUGUCCCAAUUCUCUCCUUCCUCCCAAAGUGUACACGUGUCACUUCCCUUGACUAAUGUGAAAUGACUGGUACUAGAGAUAUGGUGGUAACUCCUACUAGACCAGUGGUAUUAACUUCUUUAGCAGGGAGACCAUUUUUGGACCGAAUUUCUGCAGACCCCAUUUAUUUUGCUUGAAUUUCACAACCCCAACCCAAAAUAACCUUCAAAUCAUUACAUUUACAUUUUUUACAUCAACUAAUAACCAAUUCAUUAUAUUUUCAUAUCUUAUCAAACUGAAAACCAAUAAAUGUACUUUUCCAAAUAAGCUCA